UUUAGGGUUCUUGCGUGGCUCACAUUUUCAAGAACCUUUUCUCGCUUGGCUUUUUUUCCGCUGUUUGUUGGAGGGUGGUGCCACUGCUGUGAUCGAUCCUCCGCCUUUUUUCUUUCUCACAGUAGUGAUGUUGAGAGUUUUCCAAAAAGUCAAACUGGUGGGGAGGAUGCUAGACUGCGACGAAUCCAUAGAGAUGAAGAUCGAAGAAUGCAGGGACAAGAGAUUGGCGGUGGUGGGAUUAGCUUAGCCGAUCCAUCGAUCGAUUACCAAACGAGGAAAGAUUCAUAGAGAGGAUUUGAAUUGGAGGCAAGAAAAGAAAGACAUGAGUCGAUCGAAUAGGAGGGUCUACCCACCGGGAAAGCUUCCACUCCAACACCCUCUGUUCGUGGAAGAGGACCCCCCAAACGACGAGAAAUCAAGGUGGGCGACUGCGCCUCCCAACAGCGGCGGAUUUGAGAGCCCUGUGAUCGCCGUCCCUUUCAAAUGGGAGCUCGAGCCAGGUGUUCCCAAACAAAAGCUCGAUCGCCAAGAACACCAGCAGCGCUGGAGGAGAGACGAGGAGGAGCUGUUGGCGAAGAAGAGCCCACCACCACCAACUGCUGACCGGGCGACGGUGGUCGAAAAGGAUCUCCAACAGAGUGAUCAUCCUGGGAAAGCCUCCCCGUCGCCAUCGCCAUCGCCAUCUUCCUCCUCCUCCUCCUCCUCCUCCUCUCUUGCUCCACCCCCGCGAUUGAUGGUGAUAAGCAGCAGCACUGGUAGAAAAGCUGGGCCGGCGCUCAGCUCUCCUCGCUCUCCCAGAUCCAUUUCCCUGUCCCGCAAGAUGAAAAGCUUGCUCCAGGGGAAGCUGGCAUCGCCCAGGAAGAUCUUCUCGGAGCAGCAGCAGCAGCAGCGCUCGAGCCUGUGGGAGUGUGAAUCCGGAAAGGUAGUCCAAGAGUUGGAUCGUCGCGUCGAGGAAGAACUGGUGGACCGCCGGUGCUGCGUUUCGAGGUGUUGCUCCAGCAACGAUAUAGUCUUCGAGGGAGAGCUUCUCGAUCUUCAUCAUCAGCCGAAGCAUCCACCACCACCAGCGCCGGCGGGAUCGAUGCCUUUCAAGAACAUGUCCAGCAUGCUCCUCGAGCUCUGGUAUGGCGGUGGAGGAUCCAGCUCCGAGUUCCCGAGAAGUCCUAUCCCUGGCUUUUUCCGUGACGAGUUUCCACUCCAGAGCUCCGGUGGCUCUAGCACUGCGAGUAGUAGCGAGUUUCCAAUCCAGAGCUCUGGUUCUAGCACUGCGAGUAGUAGCAAGAGCAUUGCCUCGCCCGUGACAAGCUCGUCCUCUUCUCCCAGCGACCUGGAGAGCCCCGGUAGCAGCACGGACAACUCGCUCGGCAGCUUCUCCAGCAGUGACUCCUCCUCCCACCACGACCACCACCAUCAAAUCUUGCACGUCCCCCGCCACGACCACGAGUUCCAGACGAGCUUUGAUUCCUGCGACGAAGUCAAGCUCUUCGGUUACGCCUCGGACGACGACGAGUACGGCGGUGGCUUCGACUUCGCUGCCGCCGCCAGCCGCGAGUUCUUCGCCAAAAACUUCUACUACCACUCGGACAGGUUCCGCGUCGAGUCGUGCGACUCUCCCUCGCUGCUCGGCGUCAAGCAGCUCGCUCGCUCGGCAGUGCCAGUGCCACCGCUCCCCAGCGCUCUCAAGUCGGGGAAGAACUCCAAGAAGUGCUUGAAGAAGGUGAGGUUCGCCUGUGUCGAGGAAGAAGUCGAGCCGGAGAAGGCCGAAGAUGGUCCGGAAGUUGACGAGGAAGAGGAUGAUGAACUCGUGGUUGCUUCGCCAUCGCCGACGAGUCCUGCUCUGUCCCGUUUCUCGUCGAGGCCAGCGUCGCGGUUCUGUAGCAUCGAGGAGGACGACGAUGGCGGCUUCUACCGGGACUCAGACGAGCUCUCCUCCGAGCCGUGCAGUCCUUCACCUCGUUGUGCCAGACGAGAUCCAUCUCAACUCUUGCUGCGGAUCAUCCAAGCCGAUGCCGAGUCCAGCCGGAAGAACAAAGGCGCUCUUAAGUCUAUGUUUGGUUCACGUUCGCGCUGGUAACCGAGAGUUCGUUUGAAAAGCGAGAGAGCUUGAGCGUCUCCAAUUUUGUUUGAUACCAAGAGGUCCGAGAGAAAUAACUUUAAA